AUGAAUUACCGCCCGCAGAGGUUGAGUGCGCUCUUCUGUGUAGUGGUUACUGGCAUAAUUGUGCACACGUUCUUCCUUGACCUGUCAUGGCAGCAUGUUGCACAAUGCGUCUCCAUGGCAUUUGACAAUGCCAUUAGGCCAAUGUGGUAUUCUGCGAAAGCGGCCAGCUCAUCUUACCCACCUUCAAUAGCGUGGAUUGCGUGCCCGUCUUCCGACCUUCCCGCCCUAGAAUGUGGUCAGCUACGUGUACCAAUGAACCAUGACGAGCCAGAAGGCGGAGGCUCCAUCACACUCGGCCUGGUUCGAUUGAAAGCUAGUGCGGAAGGGCGACCUCUGGGAAACUUGAUUGUCAACCCGGGUGGACCGGGAGUGUCCGAAGUAAGCAAGUUUGUGCAAAACAGCCAAGGAGAGCUGGUCAGCCAUAGUUUGACGAGCGUCUACAAUAUCAUUGCAAUGGAUCCCAGAGGUGUGGGGGCUAGUAGUGCUAUACAAUGUGAUGCGGAAUCGUUCAAUGAACGCAUUCCCGGCUACAUGACGAACACGACGGAUAUUGGGCGCCUUGCGUCCUGGAAUCGAGCCCUGGCCUGGACUUGCGCCAACCUGACUGGUGCGUUGUUCCAUUACCUCGAUACUGUGUCGGUAGCUCGGGACUUGGACCUACUGCGCCGGGCUCUUGGUGACAAGAGGUUGAAUUUCAUGGGGUUUUCCUAUGGGACACAGCUCGGGAGUCAGUAUGCGGAGCUCUUCCCAGAGCGUGUUGGUCGCAUGGUGCUCGAUGGUAUCCUAGACCACUCUCAGCACGAAUUCGAUGCUUUGAUCACGGAAGCCUCGGCCUUUGAGGACACGUUCACCUCGGUUGCCGAGUGGUGCAACACAACCACGGAAUGCGCACUGUACAAGCGCGAUAUUCUCUCCAUUUUCGACGAGACAGUCGAGAAGGCAAACAAGAAUCCCAUACCGGCCCCCGGUUGCCAUGAACUUAAAGGCAUCCACUUGGCGGAUACUGCUGCUGCCGCCUGCCGUCUAGAUGUAACUGGGUAUGAGAUCAUAGAAACCUCUCAAGACUUGCUAUCAAAGAAGUCUCAGUGGCCUGCGUGGUCCAAGGCAUUGCUAGAGGCUAUUCUUGGCAACGCGACAGCCCUGUCUUCUCCCGUUGCCACCUCCAACGUGAUCCCCAUGACCGAAUCUUUCAAUCCUUUUGCGCAUAGAGCCAUUACUUGCCAGGACUGGCUACACCCUACCGGCCCUCGAGCUGGCAAGGCCUUCCUUGCCAUGCUUCGAGCAACGCGUGCCCUAGCUCCACACACACGGGGCAUAAGCGAAAUGGCUGGCAUCCAAGCUGGCUGUAUUGGCUGGCCUGUACCAGUGAGAAACCCGCAACGCCAGCUUAGGAGGGAUCGGCUCGAAAAAGCACCACCAAUAAUGCUGGUGAAUGCACUUCACGACCCCUCGACGAGCGUGAUCUGGGCGAUCCGAUUGCGUCAACAAAUGCCAACUGCGGUGAGCAUCUUUCGCAGAGGAUUUGGCCACACCAGUUAUCGAGAGUACGGUGAAACUCAAAAAGUCAUGGAUGAUUACCUACUCCAUGGUAAGAUGGUAGCGGAUCUGACGACUCUGGAUUCCUGA